CGCGCGGCUCCCGGCGAGCAUGGAGCGGCGGCCCCCUCGCCGGCACCCGCUACUCGGCCCCGCUCGCUCGCAAGCGCGCCCACUCCGCUCCCGCCCAGCCGGCGCCGACCCCGUCCGCCGCGCCUGCUCCACGAUGCCCGAGGUCCCCGCAGCCCGCGCCUGGCCGCUCCUGCUCCUGCUGGCCAUCCGGCUGGGCGCGACGGCGGGCGCCCCGCAGCCGUGGCACUGCGCGCCCUGCUCCGCCGAGAAGCUCGCGCUCUGCCCUGCCGUGCCCGACUCCUGCGCUGAGGCCGCCCCGCCCGCCAGCUGCGGCUGCUGCCCGACGUGCACCCUGCCCCCGGGCGCCGCCUGCGGGGUGGCCACUGCGCGCUGCGCCACCGGGCUCAGCUGCCGCGCGCCGCCGGAGACCCCGCGGCCGCUGCACGCCCUCAUCCGCGGCCAAGGCGUCUGCGGGCCCACCGAUCCCGAAGCAGAUGCCAAGGAGUCCUCGGAGAGCUCUGAGAUCACCCAGGAGCAGCUGCUGGAGAACUUCCAUCUGAUGGCCCCGUCGGAGGAGGACAUGCCCGUCCUCUGGAACGCAAUCAGUAGUUACAAGACCAUGCGAGCUGGGUAUGCCUUGGACUCGGACUCCGACAAGUUGAAGGUGAGGCCCCGGGGCAGGUGCCAAGCAGACCCGGUGGGCUUCCCCGGGGCCCGAAGGCCUGGGAAUGAAUGCUUUCCUCCCCAAGGCCUGAUGAAUGGACGUUUCCCACCUCAGCUUUGUCCAGCUUUUCCCGCAGGGACUUCGAGGAGGAGAGCCUGUUGGGUGGAAAGCCAGCCCCUCUGCUGUGUGGCUUCAGAUUUGUGUCUGUCAUACCCCCCUAAAGCUCAGCCCGGGACUUUACACUGCUCCCCCAGGACCUCUGCUCCCUGCUUUCUAAAAAUUGUGGUCAGAUAUGCAUAACGUGACAUUUAUGAUUUUAACCAUUAUACAGUAUAGUUCUGUGGUAUUGAUUCUGCAAGCAUCACCGCCAUCCAUCUCGAGAACUAUUUUAUCUUCCCCCCCUGAAACUGUCCCCACUAAACGCUAACUCCGCCGUCCCGCCCGAUUCGACGGCUGUUUUUCAUCCAACCACUUGAGGGCGGCUGGGAAUCAAGCUGGAGGGAUGGGCGGGUGUGUGAGGAAAAAGAGAGAAAAUGGUCCCCACAAACACAAGCCCCCAGAAAAGUGGGGGUCUGACCCACU